UAGAAAAACUGAAUGAAGGCAAAUAACGACUUACAAGGAGGAACAUAGAGUGUGCUACGUAAACGUCCUUACAUGUUCAGGUUUGAUUUGUGUGAUUAUUUUUACUUGUAAGACUUGACGUUUGUUCAUGAGCCUUCAACGCGCUUGUAAGGGAUUCAACAGAAGUAAAUAUUGAUUCGAAACCGAAAUCUCUCUCGGAUCAAGUGACCAUCAUACAUACUUUCGUUUCUAAUCAGAUUCAUGAUGGCGCUAUUGGCUGGGUUUUACCGAGCGUUUGGAUUGUUUCAAGUUUCUUUGGUCUUCCUUGGAUCCAGUCUUGCUUACGCUGAAAAUAAUUCUUCACCACGAUUUCCAGUUGGCGAUCCACGAAACUGUCUUCUCACAAACGGAGUUUAUCGCUUCGAGGUUCUUCCGGGAGGCGGCUGGGACAACCUUAGAAAUGUUCAUAUGGGCGCUGUUUCAGUGAUGAAUUACUCCAAGUGCAAGACUUCAGACGACGGCAAGUAUCUCAUUCCCGAUGACGUGUUCCUGUAUCCUAUCAAGGAGAGCAAAGUGCAUGUAUUUGCUGAAAUGUACGAUCACUGGCACAACUAUUCGUCCACCACAACGAAGUCUAUCAAUGCUGAAGGAAAAUUUGGUUUUGGAAGCGUAAGUGGUUCAUUUUCUUCCGAGUUCGAAUCAGUGAAGAAACAUCAAGUGGAAGAUAAGGCUGUAACCACUCGAGCACAACUACGCCAUGUUAUAUACACGGCGAAACUCCAGCCCGAUGCCCCUCUGCAGGCACCGUUCAAGUCCCGUUUGCUCGAGAUCGCAUCUCACUUACAGCUUAACAAUACUGCUUAUGCAAAUUUUCUCGCGCAGGUUUUGGUUCGAGAUUUCGGAACGCACUAUGUUACAAGCGUCAAGGCCGGAGCAGCCCUGGCAAAAGUGGAUCACUUGACAAAGAAAUUCGUGGCUGAUUUCAGUGAAGAUAAAAGUAAGAUUACAGCUUCCGCGAGUGCAUCUUUUUUCGGGGCGUUUGGAGCUACUGCUAGCUAUACUCAGACAACUGACAAAAAAGUUUUGGAUGAAUACACACAAAACAUCGCUUAUUCCACAGUAUAUACAUUUGGAGGACCUCCAUUCAGGGUGAAUUUUACCAUCAACAAAUGGGAAGACCAACUAUUGGACGAACUGGUUGCAGUUGAUCGGUCAGGUGACCCUCUUCAUUUUGCAAUUACACCUGGAAGUGUACCAGAAUUGUCCGAAGAACUGGUCUUCAAACUAGCCAACGUUGUCGGAAAAGCCAUUAAACAGUACUAUGAGCACAAUACCAUUAAAGGAUGCACCAAAAUGGACUCUCCGAACUUCAGCUUUCAGGCCAACCUCGACGAUGGAUCUUGCGAGAGCCCAACCAAUAACUACACCUUCGGGGGCGUUUAUCAAACGUGCCAAUGUGAGGGCUCUCCAUCUAGUAAUCCUUGUGGAUCUUUUCUCCAGAAGAACCCUCUCACGGCUGACUACUCUUGUAGUAAUGGUUAUGAACCAGUCAUGGUACAUCAAGGUCGCACACCCGAAAGCUGUCAUCGUGAGUGCCACGGAGUUUUGUUUUUUAAAAGCUGCGACACUCAUUGCGGAUUCGCCAGCUAUGACACCUAUUGGUGUGUUGCUAAGGGUUCGGUGCCUCGUAAUACAGGGUAUCUCUUUGGUGGACUCUACAGCAAUGUGUUAAAGAACCCAGUCACACAAGAUCACAGCUGUCCAGUGAAGUUUUACGCCUUGCGCUUUGGAGCCACCAUGCAAGUUUGUGUGAGCGAUGACUACGAGCUAGGCUUCCAGCAGUCGGUCCCCUUUGGUGGCUUCUUCAGUUGUAAUACUGGUAAUCCUCUCGGUGUAAAGAAAGCUGCGGACAGUGCCAAAGGAUCAAACGGUAUGUUCUCCCUUUACCUUAUACACCUUACAUUGGUAGGCAUGUUCUCUCUACUUUUCUCAAGACAUUUCCUAUUUUAACGACGGGGAGGAGAAAUUUUUUUUUCAAGAGCUUCUUUGAUAAAUGAUUAUUCCUUCUAAAUUCGUGACAUUAGUGUUUGAUUCAGGAGUGAGAAUGUGAAGAAAAAUUAAUUAGAUAAUUAAGAUUCUUAGAGGUUGAAGGGUUACAUUGAAAUAGACCCUUCAAGCUUAAUGGUUUCAUUUUCUUCCUUUUUUUAUUUUUUUCGCUUUUAUAGAAGUAUUUUUUUAUCCUAAUUAAUAGCUAGAAAUUUCAAAAAUUCAGAAACGCCUGAUUGUUUUAAGAUCAGCAGGCGCAUUCGAUUCUUGCUUUCUCGUUGUUGCGAUUUUGAAAUAGUCGUGCCUCUCAAUGUAUCAUUUUGUUUUGCAAAUUUAUCUGAAAGGGACUCUAAAAAGCUUAAGUGACAUAGAGCAUUUAACUGCAUAACGAAUUUAGAGCUUAACUUUUCGGUUUUCAAUUACCGCUCGGCCAACCUACAACUCAUCAACAAUUUGCAGCUUUUGUUUUCCAAUGCAGGUAUGGCUUUUUAUUUCGCUUUUCCGCGAAAACAUGUUUCCUUUGAAACUUUAUGCCAUCCAAGUAAUUUUCGGGUUUCGAAUUGUGUUGCGUUACCUGUUUCUUACGACUAUGAAGAAAUUUUGUAAGUCGUGGCUCGGUGUUCACCGAUAAGUUUUUUUUUUCUUCUAGCUCGGUAUAAACGUAUGACAUUCCUUUCAACCUUUCAAAUGUGGAUGAAUGGUUAGGAAAUAUGACUACGUUCAUGAGAACAAAAACAAAUAUGAGCGAAAUUGUUUUGUGCACUUUCGAAUCGCAUAGACUCAGUAGCCAUCGCAUGCCGAAAGACAAACUAUCCAUGUAAGAAAUAAAGCAACAGCGGAAGUAAACGUUGACACUCAGAACCGGCUACAUAUGGAAAUUGCUUGUUGACAUCUAGUGAUACAUUGUGAUAAGAUCAUAAUGAAAGAGAUUUGACACAAAAUUUCUUUAUCAGGUGCUCAAGCGAAGAUCGAGGAACAAAGCCAAAAUCUAUCUCGGAUUCUUUCUCCUUCGCUGUAAAGCAUGAACACGACUCAGUCAUUGUUAUUCAUCUCCGCCCCUACCGCGGGGUGGCGAAACCAAUACCUUAAGACCUUACCAUUGUCGUUCCACCAUCUUAGUUAAUCUCGCUCAUAGGCUGAAUUAGAAUUGCGUUUCCUAUCAUCGAACUCAGCGAGACAGGUUGAGACAACGGUCAAAUCUUCCUUCAUUCGUUUGCUUAUCCGUUUUGUCUUUUGCUACUUUGCAGGUCACUCAGGCUUGGCAUUGUUCGUGAAACAGUCUGGUCCAUCUGUAUGGCCAAAAACCUGUCCAAUAGGUUAUUCUCAACAUUUGGGAGCCAUUGAAGAAGACUGUGAGAUCAACUUCUGCGUGAAGUCCAACAUAUUCAACAGCCAGGGAUUUCCCAUCAUCAAAAGACCUCCUUACUCGAAUGCGCCCAAAAUUUACAAAUACACCGUGCCCUUGCUUGUGGUUAACAAUGACACCGGACAUAUUUGGUUUAAACGAUCCAACUCACCACAUUGGGUUUUGGCCACUAGAAGGUGAGUGAAGGGAAUGUCAUUCUCUGAGCAGAGUCGGUACUGAGUAGAAUAUUGCAGGGUUGAAACCUGAAAGUAAGAGUUGAUCUUGUAAUAAGAUUUUCCAGGUGAGGGAAGCACUAAAACGAACGCUCGUCAGUGAAAAUAAAAGCUAUCAUUAGAGUAAAGUGAAGGGUCGUUUGCCAGUCGAAUGACUGCACAGGUUCCUCCCAGGGAAUUAACAAACUAUUCCUCUUAUCUCUUUCGCAUUCAGCUCUGUCGCUGAAUUCGUAGCCGAAACCAACCUAGAUGGUCCUGCAAUAAUAGGUAUGGAUCCCGCGCAUGAAAACUUGAAAAAAGGCAAAGAAAAGUCUUCCUCACAGAGUUCCCGUGAUGCCAUGGGUGCCGGGGCCGCGGCUGGUAUUACAUUCGGCGUGACAGCAUUGGCAGGAUUGUUGAUCGCAGUCAUGGUCAUUGGCUGGCGUCGCCAUAAGAUCAUUCAAAGAGAGAGCAGCGGUUUAAUGGAGCCAUUGAAUCCCACUGGGUACGGCGCCGUAAAAGAGGAAGGAAGCCCACAAGUUUGAAUUAUGCAGGAACUUUAAAUUGUCUUAAAACUAACAAAUGAUAAGAUAAGAUAAGAUACUUUAUUAACCACCAUUGCAGCCAUAGGCUGAAUUACGGGAUAUUUACAAAUACUAAUAAUAACAUAAGAGAGAAUAAGAAAAAUUAUCUACAUCUUAUAGACAUGGCUAAAAAUAAAACUGUUCUUCAAACGCUCGGUUUUACAUAGGGGGAGAGUGAAAUCACUUUUGCGUCUCAGUGCAUAUUUACAACUCUUCCUUUGGGGUAGGAGGCUAUGGAGAUUGUGGGUGGGGUUACAGACGAUCUCGUCAAACAGAUCGAUUGAAAUCUUUUCUCUCCUCUCAUGAAGUUUCGGUAGGCCAACUGUUUCUAGUGCUACACUAUAUGAAAGGUCAGGAUAGAUGAUUCUGAAUGCCCUUCUUUGGAUCCGUUCCAAAUCUUCACUGAUAUAGUUUGAUAGAGAAUGAUGGAAUACAGGACUUGCGUAUUCCAGGACGGGCCUAAUACAUGUCACAUAGAAUUGCACCAGUUCACUUGGUGCCACUCCAGAUCUCUUGAGUUGACGUAAAAAGUAGAGACGAGAGGAACAUUUUCUAAUUAGUUCAGAGGUGUGCAUGUUCCACUUUAAAUCAUGGCUAAUGGUCACGCCUAGCAAUUUGGCACUGGUGACUGAUUCAAGGGGUUUGCCAUUUAGAACUAGGGGUUCGAAAUCGUGGUUACUGUUGGAAAAGCCAAUUCGAAGUUCUUUGCACUUGGAACCCAUCGAGACUCGCUUGUCUCGAAAGGUCAUCCACAGCUUCUUGGAGUUUGCUCUUAUUACCCUUUGUAACUAUUUCGGAACAAGAUGUAUCAUCCACGUAUUUCCACAUGUCAACUGGUGUGUCCAAGUCAUUAAUCAUGACAAGAAAUAACCAGGGGCCCAGUUUUGUUCCCUGGGGGACACCGGAUGGCACAGAGCGCCAUUCAGAGUGACAAUCCUGAGCAAGUUUAACUGUUUGUUUCCGGUCCAUCAAGAAGUCAACAAUCCAACCUUUGACUUGAUUCGGAAUAUCAUAUGUUGCUAGUUUUUGAACAAGAACACUGUGAUCGAUAAGGUCAAAGGCCUUACGGAAAUCGAGUAGGACUACUCUUGCCGUGGCACCAUUUCCGUCGGUGUUAACAAGCCAAUUUGCGUCAUAUUGACCAAGGCAUGUGUAGUAGACGAUUUGGGAAUAGUUCCAAAUUGUCGAGGGUCGAUUCUUUGUAACACAGCAGGUUUAACGUAUUUCUCAACAAUGUGAUCUUCAGCGAGCUUAGACAGGAGAGGCAUGAGGGAAAUCGGACGGAGGUGCUUGUUAAUGUCAUUAAUAGGCCUUUGUUUUGGCACCGGGACAAAGUCAGCCUCUUUCCAAGAAGGCGGAAGGCGGGAUUCGUGGAACGAGGAGUUGAGGAUCGCAGAGACUGGACCCGCCAAGAGAUCAGCGUUUUCCUUUAAUAACCAUGCCGGGAUACCGUCUGGCCCAUGUGCUUUCGAGGGGUUGAGCGCAGAUAGUUUCAUAAAAGUUGAAAACUCCGAUAUCAUAAUUACGACAUGACCUUCGUUGUUGCCUUGUGGUGGGUCAAAAGGAUUGUGGGUAAGAGGCUCAAAAAUCUGCAUUGGGGUCAGGAACGCUGAAUUGAUGUAAUUUGCCAGAACACCUGGUGAAAAACCUAGGUGUUGCAUUAAUUUGCUGGUGUUGGCCCGCGUUUCUGAGGCAGGUGACAUGCCGCUGAGCUUUUUCACCUCUUUCCACCACACGGAUGGCUUACACUCCCUCAAAUGGCUAACCUUUGCUUCGUAGUACUUUGCCCGGCAGAUCUUACGCUCACGAUUCACGCAAUUUCUGAGCAGUCGAAAGGUAUCCAUAUUUCCUUUUGCAAGGGCACAUUGGCGUCGUUUGAUCAGGUUCUUGAGUUUGCCAUUCAACCACGGAGGCUCGCUUCGAUGAAUAGAUUUGGAUCGCGGGGGAGAAAUAAAGUCUAGGCCCGUCUUAACAAUAUUUUCAAAUAGUGACACUUUCUCCGCGCAGGUCUCCACGGUGUCAAGGAGGCGUGGUAUAUCAACAAUUUCGAGGUAAAUUUGUAUUGCGUGUCUUUUACUAGGUCUCAAAUCCCUUGAGAUAAUUGUUUCCUUUGAUUGCGAUGGUUUUGCUCGAAGCUUGGGCUGAAUCUGUUUUUUUUUAUUUUUUUUUUUUUAUUUAUUUAUUUUUUUUAUUUUCACUUAAAGCACAAAUACGAGAAUAAUACAAACAAAUACAAAGUUAAUUACACUAACGCUUACGCUACUCACUAACACUAAUUACGAAAUACUGCGUUACAUUACAUUCACAGUCGGCUAGAUUUAAUUUAUGUUGUGGUUAUAUAAUAAUAUAAACCUAAUUUGUACAAAUACUUCUACAUCAAAUUCCUUUUUUGGUAGAACGACUGUAUAUACAACUGCGUCUAUAACUGUUAAUACCCGAUACUCAUCUAUUGAGUUACAAUAACAUGUUUUCCCAUUUUUUAUAAUGAAUAGAUUCUUUUUUAUUCUUUUUUGCAAUCAAAAAUUCAAAUUUCCGAGUUUCAGAUGUUUUAGCCUUCAGUAAGGAUACAGACGGCUUGAUAUUUUUACAACGACAUGAAUAAUCAUAAUAAUCUCCACUGAACUGUGAUCCGAAAGGCCAACUUUAGGUCGCUCGAUGGCUUUAUCAUAGAACUCCUUCAUGUUGGUUAGAAUACGAUCCAAAAAACUUUUCCCUCUGGUCGGAAAGUGAACAAUUUGUUUCAGAUUGAAAUUAGAUUUAAGAGUCGUUUCGUUUAGGUGGUUUAAAUCGCCGACAAGAAGGAUUCCACUGUUUCGAUGUUGAGACUCAAUUGAUGUAAGGCAAUUUAAUAAAUAAUCUUGCAUUUUCGAGUCAGGAGCUGACGGUGGAUGGUAUAUAACUCCAGAUAUAAUACUAGAAAAGCCUCUAGGGAGUCGAGUUGGUCGCAGCUUUGCCCACAGGACUUCAAAAUCAAAGACCGGAUUCUCGUCGACCUCGGAAAAAUCGAGAACAGAAGAAGGGAUGGAUUCCUUAAUGUACAUACACACUCCGCCGUGAGUGGCCUCCUUUCUGUCCCGUCUGAUGAUAUUAUAACCAUUUAUUGCAUGACUCCAGAUAAUAACUUAGUGUCUCUUAAAACGUUUUUGAAGUUGACAUUUUCUCGCGCUUUGUUCCGUAAAUUCGUUUUCUGAUAAUUGUGUUUUUCAAGUGACAUUGUUACCAGCGCUUGUCCUGUUUGAAUUGUGAUGGAAGAAAUAACCCUAAUUUCAGAGGCACAGAGAAUGUAAACAAAGGAUGUUUCGUUUGACAGAGUACGGUUACACCUGUUUACACAAUGAUAUUGAGUGUCGCUAAACCAAAACCAAAGUAAUCACAACUUCUAAUCAGAAGGAAAAAAAAUACUUUAAGAGCCAAUGAGAAUUCAAAGUAAAAACCACCGAACUGCUAAAAGCGCGGGAAAACGCGAGCGACUACCUGGUAAAUUGGUUUUAGUUUUGAUCUGAUUGGUCAAGAGAGUAGUGUGAGUUUUCUGCACCAAUCACGGACCUAAGUAGAGCAAAAACAAAGCAAGCCUGGAUUACUUUCAACUCCUGCUUGUCGUGUCGGACAAACACUGGAUCAUUGUGUUGUACUCUCAAACUACUUAACUAAAACUGUGCUGUUCACGGUAUAAUCCUAAAAGCUAUUCUGCCUUUUCAGUAGUCGGUUUGAGGAGUUAUUUUGCAUUGAAUCACAUUGAAAAACAAUGAAUAGACGAAUAAAUACAUUUAUAACAUGGCUGG